AUGGACAGCAUCAAUGCUCUUGAGCCUCUAAGGCACCCCGUCCUUCCCCUCGAGAUCUGGAUUCUUGUCGCCCAGCAUCUCCCUAGCAUGGGCGACCUAGCAGCCCUCGCAAGCGUCUCAUGGGCGCAUCACGACGUGCUCAACUCUGUGCUGUAUAGAGUCGUUGCCUCCUCAGAUAGCAGGCUAAGGGCCAUAUUCUGGGGUGUAGUCCAUGACCUGCCGCGCACAGUGUCCAGUUGCCUCGUCGCGGGCAUCGAUGUCAACAGCACUUGGGAGAAUCAAAGCGGGCAUCGCGGCAAGCCAAACGAUAUACCAGCCCACGGCGAUACUGGGACGGAAAUCACCAUGCCCGGCGCUCUCUACGCCACAUACUGGUCGCCGAUUCAUGUUGCUGCGGCCCACGGCAAUGUCGAAAUCUUGGACAUACUGCUUCGAAACGGCGCCCUGCCUGACAAGGCGUGUCACGGCAUGUGCAGAUGUCAUCGACGGCCGCUGGGCAUCAAUGUGCUCGGCUCAAGAUCAAAUAUCGGGCCAGGACCGCCAGACUGGACACCAUUUCACAUGGCUAUCUGUUCAGGUCCGUCGCUCUCUGCGGUGAAAUAUCUCAUCCGGCAUGUAUCCAUGGACGUGGAGAGCGUAGAACGACAACCGGACCGCAGAACCAUGGGUCUGACCCCUCUGCACACUGCCUGCAUAGCUGGACGUGUCGAUAUCAUCAAGUGGCUGCUUAAUGAUGUUGGGGGCAUUGACCUUGAGGCCCGGGACGACUACAACCGGCAGACUCCGCUGGCAUGUGCCUAUCUCUACGGAAACCAGGCCUGUUUUGACUACUUGCUUAGUCGCGGUGCAGACAUCAAUACCACCGCCCCCGGGCUGCUCGAGCUCGAACUCGAGGACCCAGAUUUUGUGCCCCCGGUCCAUAAGGGAACACUGUUAUACCACGCCAUUGCAUGCCGCAGAUUCAAGCAAGCCAGAAAAUUGAUCGAACGCGGGGCCGAUCCGGUAUUGGCAGACAGACUACGGGGCGCCGAGAAGCCUCUCAUUCACAUGGUCUGCAGCAUCCCGUGGAACUUGAUUUCCAACUGGUCCAAAGCAAGUGACAAAGAAGAUGGAGUUGAGCUGCUGGACUGUUUGCUCAACUUGGGUUUGGACUUCAACACCAGUAGUGAAGGCCACACUGCGUUGGGUCAUGCCGCUGGUGCGUCCAAUACGGAUGCCGUUCGUCGUCUGGCGCAAGCUGGCGCCUGUGUCGACGGAGAUCCUGAGAAGGAUCGGUGCACCCCUCUUGCAUAUGCUUGUGAGAAUACAUGGAACACGCCGCUACUAGAGCUGGUUGAGCUUCUCAUCAACCUCGGGGCCUCGCCCAACGCAAUAGCUGAAAAUACCGUAUCGCCUUUGUGGAAUCUUUCAUCAAUAUGCGACGGUAAACCCGACACUAGAGAAGUUACGGAACUACUCCUUCGCCAUGGGUCGACGCCCGGACGCGGGAAAGGCUCGACUACUGGACCAACUAUUCUGUCAGAAUUUCCAUUUACGAUGAACGAAGACCGAGAGACUACAGCCCUCGAGCAGCGGCUAAAAGAUAAAAAUCUUGAAGAGUUCAAGAUGCUCCUCGGAUACUACAGCCCCAGCGAAGCCGAAGUACUGACGUUCUGGGAGAUAGCCUGCGACAAAAAAGAUCCGGAAACUGCUCGCUAUCUUCUAUCUUGGGAUCAAGAUUGCACAAUUGCCCGUCUGGCACACCAUCCUCUUGUCCGUUUCCUCUCUGCUGAUACCGGUGACAUUCUGGUGACUCUCCUGGAGCAAGGGGCCGACCCGCACCUGUUAUGGUUUUCGUAUGAUCCAUUAGAGUACAUGCUAGCCCAGUGGAAAUGGCCCUUGUCCGCGAAGCUGCCAGUCUUUCAGGCCCUUAUGGAGGCGGGAUGUUCCAUCCAUAAGCCGUUGGAGUUCCUGCCACGCCCGGGCCCGAUGAUCAUCGCUACCCCUCUGGGAUUGGCAAUCCAGGGACUGGAGCCUUAUACGAAGAUAGUCGACUGUCUAUUGGAACAUCAGCCGUUGAGGAGUCACGGCCAGGCCAUGGUUGGCGAAUAUGUUUCUGAAGCGUGCUGCCUCGGCAAUGUGAAAGCAUUGCAAGCAAUCAUUCGAUCCACAGAGGCAGCUCUUCGGAUCAUCGAGAGAGACGCCAUUGGGCUGAUCCACAGCCUCCUUGAUAACGUUACCUUCAGGCAAAUCCGGGUUCGAGACAUGAUGGCAACCAUUGACUGUUUAGAACUUCUCGUAAAAUCAGGCGCUGUUGAUAUCACUUCUGAUCAAUCAAAGAAUGCACACCAUGAAACAAUCAAGGACAGGCUGCUCGAGUACACCCACAUCCCUCCAUUACUCGGAAAGUCCACUCCGGACCGGGCAGCUGCCUGGUGCUUUCAGCAAAGAAUGGAAUUGGGAGUAUUUGACGAGGCGGUGACCUUCAAGCCACAGACCAUGUCGAUGUUCUUCCAGCUCAAUUUAUCGGUUCAUCGAGUCGGGUUGAUAGUCGGCAACCCAAAGAGACAACUAGAAAUCAUCCCGGUAUAUAAGCAGACCACGGGGCGCGUCAGACAUGACCAGUCAUACUAG